AUGUCGUUUUCUACUAUCAAGAAAAUAAAAUGGAAUUUUAACCCUCCAACAGCCGCCUGGUGGGGAGGAUGGUGGGAGCGCAUGUUUAGAAUGUUGAAAGAGAUGCUAAGAAGAAUUAUGGGAAGGAAAAGUCUUGACGUUGAAGAGUUGGAAACUAUUCUAUGUGAUUGCGAAGCUACAAUAAACUCUAGGCCACUUACAUAUAUUGAAGACAAUUCUGAAGGUCUGAAGCCAUUAACUCCCGCUUGUUUCUUACAAAAUAUUCCUAGCAGUGAAACAACUGAUUUAGACGAAAUUGACAGUAAAAGCUUAAAUAUAAGAUUGCGUUUUGUGCAAAUAUUAAGGCAGGAUUUAAGAAUGAGAUUUCGGAAUGAGUAUUUAGCAAUGUUGUUUCAUAAAGGUAAGAGUCGGAAAGAAUCUUUGAAAGUUGUAGAGGUCGUUCUUUUAGAAACUGAUGGCAAGCGUAUCAACUGGCCUUUAGGAAUCGUCAUUGAAGUCUUUUUUGGAGCAGAUGGGCACUCAAGAGUUGCCAGAGUGAGAACAGCUGAUGGAGAGAAGUUGAGACUAUUCCAAAGACUUUAUCCGUUAGAAAUCAACAGUUCGGAAAAGUUACCAUUCGUCGCCCAAGAUGCUCGAAGGGAGGAAAGUGUCUCUACGAAUAUGCCUCUACGCCCUGCAGCUAAUGAUUCAGAUUCCAGCGAAGAUGAUAAUUCCUCACCCAAAGUCCAAGAUUUUAUUACUAGAGCUGGCCGACGUGUUAAAAUUCCCAAUAGGACUUGA